AUGGUGUUUGAUGCUGGUGAUUACGUGGUAUUUGCUCUGGUGCUGCUCGUGCCCGCAGGAAUUGGAAUUUUCCAUGCAUUUUCCGGAAACAAGCAAAACACAACGGGGGAAUUUCUCAUGGGUGGAAGACAAAUGAAGACUGUGCCCCUCGCCAUUUCCAUCCUAGUGUCCUUCAUGUCUGCCAUCUUGAUUCUGGGAACUCCAGCCGAGAUGUACCGAGAAGGGACGCAGUACUACCUGUUCACGUUCGGCUUAACUGUAGCCAUUGUUGUGUCUACAUUGUUGUACGUUCCCCUUCUCUAUCCAUUGAAGUAUACAAGCUCAUUUGAGUAUCUCGAGAAACGGUUCAACUCCCGCGCUGCCAGGCUGACAGGGACCAGCAUGAUGAUUGUCAAUCAAGUGAUCUAUAUGGGCCUGGCGUCACUUGCUCCAUCGACGGCUCUAGAAGCAGUGACCGGGUUUCCAACAUGGGCCACGAUAAUUACGAUCGGUCUCGUAGCCACCUUCUACACCUGUCUGGGAGGAAUGAAAGCAGUUGUAUGGGCAGACGUGUUUCAGUGCGUCGUGAUGCUUGUCGGAGUACUGGCCAUAAUCAUAAGG